AUUGAACGCGAGAAAGCCGAUCUCAGCGUCCAAGUCAUUCAAAUGUCUGAACGCCUCGAGGAAGCUGAAGGUGGUGCCGAACAUCAAUUCGAAGCCAAUCGCAAGCGCGACAGCGAAUUGUUGAAAAUGCGCAAAAUGCUUGAAGAUGUCCAUUUGGAAUCCGAAGAAACCGCUAUGUUGCUUAAGAAGAAGCACAACGAAAUUGUUGCCGAUUUCCAGGAACAAAUCGAAAUCCUGACUAAAUCAAAGAGCAGAGCCGAAAAAGAAAAAGCUAAAUUCCAAGCUGAAGUCUACGAAUUGCUUAGCCAAGUCGAACAAUACAACAAGGAAAAACUCAUUAGCAGCAAGACCAUUGAAAAGUUGGAAGUCACCAUUUCCGAAUUGCAUGUUAAGAUCGAAGAAAUCAAUCGCACUGUUAUCGAUAUUACCUCUCACAAGACUCGCCUCUCGCAAGAGAACAUUGAAUUGAUCAAGGACGUCCAAGAUCUCAAGUCUCAACUCGAUACCGUCUCAUAUUCCAAGAGCCAAGUUAUCUCCCAAUUGGAAGAUGCCCGUCGCCGUUUGGAAGAUGAAGACCGUCGUCGCUCUAUGUUGGAAUCUUCCCUUCAUCAAGUUGAAAGCGAAUUGGAAUCGAUUCGCAUUCAACUCGAAGAAGAGUCUGAAGCUCGCAUUGACUUGGAACGUCAGUUGGUCAAGGCCAAUGGUGAUGCUGCUUCCUGGCAAAACAAAUACUCUGCCGAGGUAGCCGCUCGUGCCGAAGAGUGCGAAGAAAUCCGCCGUAAAUAUCAAGUACGCAUCACUGAAUUGGAGGAACACGUUGAGUCCUGCAUUGUUAAGAUCAAUAACUUGGAGAAACAAAAGACUCGCUUGUCCAGCGAAGUUGAAGUACUCAUCAUCGAUUUGGAGAAGGCCAAUAACACAUGCCGCGAAUUGAACAAAUCCGUUACCACCUUGGAGAAACACAAUGUUGAAUUGAAGAGCCGUUUGGAGGAGACCAUCAUCAUGUACGAGAAUUCACAACGUGACUUGAAGAACAAGCAAGCCGAUUUGCAACGUACCAUCCAUGAAUUGGAAAAGGUCAAGGAUGCUAACAACCAAUUGGCUCGUGAGAACAAAAAAAUGGGAGAUGAUCUCCACGAAGCUAAGGGCACCAUAAAUGAAAUGAACCGCCGUUUGCACGAAUUUGAAUUGGAAUUGCGUCGCUUGGAAAAUGAACGUGAUGAAUUGACUGCUGCCUAUAAGGAAGCUGAAGCUGGCCGCAAGGCUGAAGAACAACGUGCUCAACGCUUGUCUGCUGACUUCAACCAAUUCCGUCACGACGCUGAACGUCGUUUGGCCGAAAAGGAUGAAGAAAUCGAAUGCAUCCGAUUUUCUUCCGAUUUAAUUUUAGAAAAUAAUGCUACUGAUUAA